CUGGUUUCCCAUAGCCUUGUCACUGUUGCGUCUCCUUGGAAGCCUCACUAGGGACCUGUUCGGGCAGGCGCCCUGGGGUAGAGUCAUGCCCAGAAAGAAGGGGCUUCUUCAGGGAGUCUCAGUUUUUUCAUGGCCAAAGGACUUUCUGAGAGCACAGAGCACUGUCGGUUUGGUAGGAACUGACCACACUGCUCACUAGGCAGGGCCCUGCUGCGCAGGCCUAUAGGGUAGUCAGCGCGACGGGGCGGAGAGCGCAGAUGGUUAAAUUCGCGCCUCGGGGGCGGGGUCGAAGGCGGAGCACGGCGGCCAUGCAGGCAGCAGACGCAGGCACUACUGGAGCCCAAGGCCUGGAUAGCCAGGAUGGCUACGCCACCCCGCGGGGUGCAGGCGCGGCGGCCGCUGUAGCCGGCGGAGCUCCUUGUGAUGCGCGAACACAGAGUGCCUCAGGGUGGGGCGGAGAAGCAGCAGUCACGGUCAGAAGGCUGGAAAAUCGACCACAUACUUUCGCCCUCAGUGUGCCUUUUCCGUCCCCCUUGGAGGCAGACAUUGCCCGCGGAUCCCUGGCCCCCGAUGCGGAACCCCAUCGAGAGGCAAUUCGGAAGGAGCUCACAGUGAGCGGCAGCGUCCUAGCAAUCUGCUGGAGAGCUGAAGAUGCUCACCUCCUCCGAAUCUCCAUCAUCAACUUUCUUGACCAGCUUUCCCUGGUGAUGCGAACCAUGCAGCGCUUUGGGCCCCCUCUUUCCCGCUAAACCCGGGCUAGGAAAGGGGGGCUGAGGCCCAACCUUGCAUCCGGUCCUAGGCAGUGGACCCUUCCCACAGCAGGGAUUCCUGCACUAGGCACCACUUUCCCAUGGGGCCCUAAUAUUUUGCAUGCAUUGGCCCUGGGGCACUUGCGGUCCACUCGUUUGGUUUAGUGCUUCAGUGUUUGUCGCUGCAGCAAAUAAAACUGAGCUACUAUU